AUACAAUAUAUUUUUGUUAUCUGUGUUAAAGAAAAUGUAAGUUGUGUUUUGUUGGAAUGGGAGAAGUUUGGUACGCUUCUUUGUGGUGUUUUGUUUCACCCACUACCUGUGAACAUGGUCGGCCUGGCGGGUUGUCUAAGCCGGCCCACCAAUGUACUGUGGGUUGUUGUGUUGGGUGGUCAUCUGUGCUACAGGUUAGUUGUGUUUAUUUAUAUACCUUGUGCUGUGAAUUAGUAUACUGUGGUGAAGAUUACAAGCAAAGGAUGUGUUUAGUAGCUAAGGUAAUACAAGUGAUAUUAUUGUUUGCCAGACGGAGAAUGUAGGGACGCCCUGGACCUCGUGUCGGUUGGUGUGUUGGUUGGUCCUCCGUGCUACAGGUUAGUUGUGUUUAUUUACCUGCCAUGUGCUGUGAUUAGUAUAAUUUGGUGAAGGUUACAAAUAGAGGAUGUAUUAGUAAGAUAGGGUAAUGUACAAGGGAUAUAUUGUUGCCAGACAGAGUUGUGAGGACGCCCUGGACUGGAUGAUAGUUGGGGUGACAUGUCAGGUGUGCUACGGGGAUUCGAAGAGCGUCAGUGUGGGCCACUGAAGUCGAAACACUUCAAGCAAUAAACACCUGUUACGAUUUGUGGUUUAUUACACAUUUGGAAUCCCCAACAUUUCGACUUCAACCACAAUGGGCUGGCAAGAGGAGAUGGAAUUGUUAAAGAGGAAGAGGGCCAUUGCCAAGGGGAAAUUCACAAGAAAGGUGACCCUGCUGGAUGAGGGUGUACGGGAAGGUGAGCCAGUAUCAGUAUUGAAGAAUAACUAUGAACAGAUUUCUGAGGCCUUUCAACACCUAGAAGACAGUAAUGAUGUGAUAUUAAAAUAUGUGUGUGAUAAUAAAUUAGAAGACAAGUUAGUUAAGGAGGCUGAAGAAUACAUGCUAGAUUGUGAAAGAAUCAUGAAGAAAAGACUAACAGAAAUUAGUAACAUUGAAAACAUACAGAACAGUGUCAAGCCUAAAGUGAAGAUAAAGGCAUUUGAGCCUCCUAAAUUUGAUGGGAAUUUAAGAGAGUACCCUCGUUUUAAGGAGGACUUUAAAAAUCUAGUCAAAAGUGUGUAUGGUGAAGAUGCGUAUGCAUUGAAAAUGUGUCUCAGUGGUGAUGCCCUUCAGACUGUCAGAGGUGCAGAAGGUAAUUAUGAAGAAAUGUUUGAAAGGUUAGAUGACAAGUUUGGAAAUGCAAGAAAGGUGGUGGACUUGGUAAUAAGUGACCUUAGGGCUUUGAAAAGGAUCAAUGAAGGUGAUACCAAAGGAUUUAUAAGGAUGGUGGAUCAGGUGGAACAGUGUUGGCUAGAUUUGAAAAAUAUAAACUUGAAUGAGGAACUUAAUACUGCUAAUGUAGUCAGUCAUAUUGAGAAGGUGUUGCCCACACUUCAGAAGAGGGAGUGGGUAAUAAAGGCAGAAGAGGUAUCUGCUACUAGUGAUCUCUUUCCCACUUUAUUGAAAUUUCUGCAAAGAGAGAGAAAGGUAUUGGAGUAUAUGAAUUCUAGUGUCAGAUCUACUGGCGGUGAUAGAAGUUCAGUACAUCAUGUAAAUAAUUCAGCUGACAAGGUCAUGGAGUCAGAUCUGGUAAUACUAAUAAAACAGAUGAAGGAAGAGCAACAACUAAAGAAUAAAGAGUUAGAGUCAUGUAUUGUAAAUUUGACGGAGAUGGUGAAAGGUACCCACUUGAAGACUGGAAAUAAUGAGGGAGGAUGCUGGAUUCACAAUUCCAGGAACCAUGAUACUCUUGAUUGUUAUAAAUUUAAGAAUCUCAGCAACAAGGAGAGGUUUGAGUUAGCUAGAAGCAAUGGAAUAUGUUUUAAAUGCUUAAAGGGAUAUCAUCAGGCAUGGAAUUGUGUGAUGUCAGGAUCAGGGGUCAAGGUGUGUGUAACCGUCAUCAUCAUCCACUGGUGCAUUUUGAACAGGAAGAAGGUGCUAGUCAUAAUACAGUAUCUGCAAACACUCUGAACACCUUAUUGAAUAUCAGUACUGUGUACAGUAACACUCAACCUAUAACAGUACUGUGGGAUUCAGGUUCUGACAUAACCUUGGUGACACACAGUAUGGCAGAAAAACUAAGUUUGAAGGGCAAGGAUGUGAAUUUAUCCAUGAUCAAGGUUGGCAAUGUAAUUGAACAUCAUUCUACCAAAGAAUAUUGCAUACCACUGAUUGAUAGGACUGGGCAUGUAUGGGAAAUUAAUGCCAUUGGUAUAGAGGAAAUAUCUGCUAAAAUCAAUGAAUUUGAUGUGUCAGGAGUUAAGGAGUUAUUUGUAGGAGUAUCAAACCAUGAUAUUAAUCGCCCUUGUGGUGAGAUUGACAUGCUGAUUGGGGCCAAUUACAGUGAAUUAUUGCCUAAAGUUGUUCAGACUAAUGAAGGUCUUCAAUUGUUAGAGAAUCCAUUUGGGUUCAGUAUACGUGGCAGACACAGCAAAAUAACAGCCUCAGGGAGCACGACGAACCAUGUGAUUGUGAGAACUCACAAGGUGUCAAGCUCAAUAAGCCUCAAUGAGAUCAAGGUAGAACCUACAGAUAAACUUAAGUCACAAUUAGAUAAAUUCUUUGCUUUAGAGGAGAGUGGGGUGCAGUGUGACACAAGAUGCCUUAAAUGCCUGUGUAAGGGUUGCCCUGUAAGUGACUGUGUCAAUAUUAAGGAAGAAAGAGAACUGAAAUUGAUUGAGGAGGGAUUAGUAUAUCAUGAAGAAGGGAAGUAUUGGACAGCAAGCUAUCCUUGGAUAAGGGACCCGAGACAUCUUAAGAACAAUGUAAAAGUGGCUGUGGCUAGAUUAAAAACUACAGAAAAUAGACUGAAAAAAUUGGAUAUCCAGUAUGCCCAGAGUUAUCACAAUGAAAUCAAGGACAUGGUGAAAAGGGGGGUAGCGAGACAAUUAAGUGAAGAGGUAAUGCAGUCAUACAAUGGCCCAAUUCACUACAUUUCCCAUCAUGAAGUAUUGAAACCAGAUUCUGCUUCAACACCUCUGCGUAUUGUAUUUAACUCAUCUUCAUCAUACAUGGGAAAAAAACUUAAUGAUUUUUGGGCAAAAGGACCAGUUGUUCUUAACAACAUGAUUGGAGUCUUGCUAAGAUUUAGACAGGAAAGGGUUGCCAUAACUGGUGAUAUAUCAAAAAUGUAUCAUUCUGUGAAAAUCAACACACUGGACCAACACACACACCGAUUUCUUUGGAGAGAUUUAAACAGUAACAAACCACCUGAUCACUAUGCCCUGACCUCAGUGACUUUUGGGGAUAGGCCGAGUGGGACCAUAGCUGUGCUAGCAUUAAGGCAUACUAGUGAAAAAUUUGGUAAGGGAGAUCCUGAAGUUUAUAACAUAAUUGUAAACAACACAUAUGUUGAUGAUAUUCUCUAUUCCAUUGAUACGGUAGAAAAGGCUUUUGAUUUGAUACAAAGAGCAGAACAUGUAAUAUCUCUUGGAAACUUUCAUGUGAAGCAUUGGAUAGUAAGUGGGCAACAUGAGAAUCAUAGUAUCAACAUCAUGGAAUCUGACAAUGGAGUAAUUUUAGUGGGUCAAAGAAUAUCAAAAUGGUUAAAGGAAAACUGGAAUCAAGAUCACUUCAUGUUGAUACCAGCUAACCACCCAGUUACUAGACUGUAUGUGUCCAGCUUACAUAGUAGAGAUCAUGCAGGUAUUGAAACCACCUUGGCCAAGUUACAGAGUAAGUUUUGGGUGCCGGGAGCCAGGAAAUUAAUAAAGUCAAUUAAAGAUAAAUGUGUCAUGUAGAAAACUCUCAAAACAAACUGAGAACCAGUGUAUGGGUCAGGUGUUAGAAGAAAGAAUGAAGCCAACUCCACCAUUCUAUCAUACUGCUGUCGAUUUGUUUGGACCAUUCGAUUAAGGACACUGUUAAAAGGAGAACUCAUGGUAAGGUAUAUGGGGUAAUAUUCAACUGCUUAGUUACUAGGGCAGUUUAUGUAGAUUUGGCAGAAGGAUACAGUGCAAGUGAUUUCAUGGCAACUUAUCAAAGAUUCAUCUCAGUCAGGGGUGCACCCAGAAUACUGUAUUCUGACAGAGGGAGCCAGCUGAUAGCAGCUGGAAAGAAUAUUGAAAGAAUUGGAAAAAAUGAAGGAGUUACUUGGAAAUAUAAUAGACCUAGUGAUGCACUGUGGUACAAUGGUGCCAGUGAAUCCCUUAUCAAAUCAGUGAAAAGAAAUCUUUGUAUUGCAAUUGGGGAUUCAGUAUUAACUUUUGGUGAACUUCAGACAGCCUUAUUUAAUGUAGCCAGUAUGAUGAAUGAAAGACCCAUAGGGGUAAAACCUUGCUUUAAUUUAGAACUUGGUAAUUACCUCUGCCCUAAUGAUCUAUUGCUUGGACGAGCUAGUGUAAAAUGUCCACAGGGAAUAUAUGAAUCAGAUGGAGACCAUAAAAAAAGAUUAGAGUUUAUUCAGAAAAUUGUUGAAUCAUUUUGGAGAAAAUGGCAGAGAGAUUUCUUUCCAACGAUGGUAGUAAGACAAAAAUGGCACACCAAUAGGAGAAAUGUAAGAGUGGGUGAUGUGGUUUUAGUUCAAGAUGCUAAUGCAGUUAUAAGAACCUGGAAAUUAGCUCAAGUAAUAAAGGCAGAUCCAGGUCGUGAUGGUGCUGUAAGAGAUGUAGACUUAAGGUAUAAGAUAGUCAAGGAAGGUAAAGGAUAUGAUGGGGUGACAGACAAAGUCAUGAGUAGGUCAGUGCAUAGGUUAAUAGUGUUAUUACCUAAGGAAGAACAAGAGUGAUGAUGAGUGUGUAGGAUCAUUAUAGAUAUGAUUUAUCUAUGUGUACCAAAGCAUUCUAUGUACUACCUGUGUAUAUUGUAUGUUCACUUUGGUCGGGGUGGAGUGUAUCAUUAAAAUGAUAUGUUAACCAUCUAUUAUUUAUUUAUACAAUAUAUUUUUGUUAUCUGUGUUAAAGAAAAUGUAAGUUGUGUUUUGUUGGAAUGGGAGAAGUUUGGUACGCUUCUUUGUGGUGUUUUGUUUCACCCACUACCUGUGAACAUGGUCGGCCUGGCGGGUUGUCUAAGCCGGCCCACCAAUGUACUGUGGGUUGUUGUGUUGGGUGGUCAUCUGUGCUACAGGUUAGUUGUGUUUAUUUAUAUACCUUGUGCUGUGAAUUAGUAUACUGUGGUGAAGAUUACAAGCAAAGGAUGUGUUUAGUAGCUAAGGUAAUACAAGUGAUAUUAUUGUUUGCCAGACGGAGAAUGUAGGGACGCCCUGGACCUCGUGUCGGUUGGUGUGUUGGUUGGUCCUCCGUGCUACAGGUUAGUUGUGUUUAUUUACCUGCCAUGUGCUGUGAUUAGUAUAAUUUGGUGAAGGUUACAAAUAGAGGAUGUAUUAGUAAGAUAGGGUAAUGUACAAGGGAUAUAUUGUUGCCAGACAGAGUUGUGAGGACGCCCUGGACUGGAUGAUAGUUGGGGUGACAUGUCAGGUGUGCUACGGGGAUUCGAAGAGCGUCAGUGUGGGCCACUGAAGUCGAAACACUUCAAGCAAUAAACACCUGUUACGAUUUGUGGUUUAUUACACAUUUGGAAUCCCCAACAAUCAGCAAGAGUGGCGCAACCAGACCGUCCCUCCUGACUCCACCACCACUCAGAUCCAGGACUUGGUCUCCAAUACCAAUUACACGGUGCUCAUUGCUGGGAGGACAGGGAAGGGCGUGGGCGCCUCAACCACUGUCUACAUCUACAUCCGGGCAACCCUGGAACCCGAACUGCACAGAAAUACUGAGUCAGUGGCAGUGAUCAGCGUGGUGUCCUUCCUGGUGAUAGUAACCUGUGUUGUAGCAGUCUUGCUCUGCCUCAGGAUCCUGCGCCUCAGAAACAACUCUCCGUCAGUGUUUCAGGGUAAUGGGACAUGCCGCAUGGUGUACGUCAAUGGGGUAAAGUCCUCAGGCAGGGAUCAUGGAACAGAACCUGAUGAUUACAAGCCCAUGCUAGCCACUCUACCUCCCGCCACACAGAACCAACACUGAGAUACGAAGGGAGGUCCUGGUUCGCAUGACGAUGGCAUUGUGGCUGACAGCUUAUUCGACCCCAGUGCAAAAUGAACCAGGAUGACGGGACAAGCGAGGGCAUGGGUCCUUUGCGGGACGGUCUCAACCACCACAGGAUGCUGGACAUCUUGGACGACAUUGACGAUGUUGAUGACGGCUCCAAGAGGUUGCUGCAGACCGUUUCCACAACACAAGCGGUAUUUUUCAAGAAUAUGAAAGAAUUCAACCUAAGGUCUAUGUAUAACUCCUCUCAGGUUGACCACCACUCCUCACCUGAUGGCGCUGGGGUGGCCCCAGCAGUUUCCUCCUAGAAUUGCAUUCACGGGUGAAGGCACGGGUUUAGAGAGUACGAGUUGGGGGUUUGAGGAACCCCAUCCAAGUAAGAAAUAAAUGUAUAUUGGGAGGGAGUUUAACUUGUGGCAUGAGAUUAAGAUUAAUACUUAACUUUGGUCAGAAUUUACUUGUUGAUACUAAUACGAGACAGGUUCUGGACCUGGCCAUCCCUAUGCCACACCAAGUAUUGCCCACCAUCAUGUGUCCGCACUUCGUGUGAUGAAAGUAAUCCACUGAAAUGAAUUUUAUCAACUGACAAAAUGAAAUGGGACUGAAUUAUAUAUAUAUAUAUAUAUAUAUAUAUAUAUAUAUAUAUAUAUAUAUAUAUAUAUAUAUAUAUAUAUAUAUAUAUAUAUAUAUAUAUAUAUAUAUAUAUAUAUAUAUAUAUAUAUAUAUAGACACACACAGACACAUGGGUUACACUUGUAUCACACAAUCAGUUGCUCUCCAUCAUGCUAUGCACCGAUCCAAAGCCAGUCUCAACAAGCCUUAUAGGUGAAAUAGACGACUUUUCAAACCAGUAAGCCAGUUAUCACGCCAGGUAUGGCCACUAUCUUGGUUUAGAACACUUCCUGAAGGGCUAACAGCUCCUGCCAGGCGUUACGCUGCAAGCAGAGCCAAAAACUCUUAUUCCAAGCAUACAUACAUCAGUGAUAGUUUUAUAUCACCUACAGAAAGCAAGUCCAGAGUCGCCUCUGCUACUUUUCAAUACACACGUUCUCCACAGGUCGAAACUGGAGACUUGUACAGGAUGACCCAAAUACGUAGAAUAGCAUAAGAAAAUAUAUUAGUUAUUGGUUAUACUGUAACACGGACUAGUCUGAGCUCCCUUGCUACCAUUAUUUCCUCGACUCCCUUAUUAAAGAGAAUGGGGACUUAUUUUUCAGCACCACGUUUUGGGUUACAUUUAGAAGGCUUCAUCACCUCAUGUAGAUAAGCUGAUUUAUAGCAUUGAUUUAUAGAUGUACCGAAGUUUGACAGCCGAUGGGUUGGCGAUGGGCAUGGAUUGUUUCCCCGAGAGCAGUGUGUUCGUCCAACUAUGAAUAGUUUCCCAAAAAAUUAUCCUUGGCUAUGUAAAGUGAGUAGUAGGUGCGUGGGUGUAGGACGUGAUAGUUUCUCUUCCUUUGCAUCCUUAUGGAAUUUAUUUUGUUUUCCAUAGAAUAUUUUUUAUACAUUAUGGGAAGGGAGAAAAAAAAAUAUUUCCUGCAAAACCUAAACUAUCAUUUCCUUGUAUCUCCAUUACAGAUGUCCCCGCGCCAGUCUGACCCAGAGGCACACCGUCUUGUAUCAUAGUGUUUUCAUACCGUACAGUACUUCUUUCUAGGCUUAAGUUCAGUUUCACUUAUUCAUCAUAGGUCGAAUUCGUAACUUUUUCCACAUAGUUGUGCUGAGUUUGGCGUCUCUGAGCAGCGUCCACGACGAGCCAUGGUCUUGUGGUGGUGAGGUCCCAACACUUGGUGGGAGGCAAGAGUUCUGACCUGGACGAAUUCAAGGAUGUUUUCAGGGUGACUUAAAGAUGUUCCAUGUUUCAAAUCUCACAGAAAUGCCUCAUACCGUAGUUAGAAUUUAUUGACAUGUAGCCUCAUAGUAUAAAUAUAUAAAAUGUCUCAGGAAAGCCAGGUUAAGAAGGAUAAUUACCUGGCGUAAGGGAUGACUUGUUCACCUGUAUUUCGUUAUAUAUGCUGGAAAAAUACUUGUUACUAUUAAAUCAAAGAAAAUGAUGCAUCUUAAAACGACGGACAUUCGACCAGCGCAGCCUCUCACAAGUUACUGCCAAGCACCAUUCUCUUACAACCAUUCCUAAACCAAUAAAUUGCAUUUCUUUUCCUGUAUCCAAGAAGAAAAUGUGCACCUUGUUGCUGAACAUUUCCCGCUGUAUCCACACUUUGAAGACUUUCCUAACUGAACAUCUGACUUCACAUUCUGAGGGUUCUCUGCUCCUCGUGUAGGGACGUCUUCCCAGGAGUCGAGGAUGACCCAGGUGGCCGUAGUACAUAUAAUAUUAUCUUAUGCGAGAACUGGUUCCCGUGUGGCGGCAAACCAACCACCACUGGAGGGUAUCCAUGUUCAACUAAUAAAUGACAGUUCCCUCCCCCCCCCAAAAAAAAGAGUGACCACCAUACACAGCAAGUUCAAAUAAUGCCAUUUUUAAAAUACAGGCUCAACAUAUUUAUGCCUCUUGUCAUGUACAAGUUCAUACCACUUUAUAACCACUUUAUAAUGACAUUUGAUAGUUCCAUCCUGAUGUAUGGCUCUUGUGUACCAUUAAAUACUUGAGAUUUUUCUUCAUUACUUAGAUUUCAGAAUGACUACAUUUUCCUUCAAGCAUGUACUCCAUUUUUCUUUUCCCAAUAUAGCUGUGUAUAAUAUAUGGUCUAGUGGAGAGGAAUGAAACUUAUGUCUAAAGUGUAUUACAUUAUCUCGUAUAGGGUUCAGAAUAAAGCAUGUAUGAAAAUGAAAUUCGGUAAACUCGGAUCACACUUCCUGUGAAACUGAAUUAACUGAAUGAAUUGCUUCUGUAGUAUAAGUGUGUAAAACUGUGCGUCCCAUGAAUGAGUGGGAGGGAACACAGCUGAAUGGGAUGAAGAGUGUGAGAACUCAGCUAAGGUUAAAACUGUGAUUAUUUCGCCUUUGUAAUGUAGAUGAUGAGAAAAAAAAGGUCAUGUACUUGUAUAUUUGAGAAGCUGUUAAUCAUGUCAUGCAGUUCUAUAUUUGAAAAGCUGCCAAUCAUAAUUUGCAGGAGAAUGUAUUCUGAAUCCUUCAGUGUAAAGUGCUGCCGUCAGUUACUGUGUAAUGAUAGGGAUGAACUGUAUUUCCCCCUGCUUGGAAUUACAUGAGCAGGUUGGCUCGAGAGUGAGCGAGCCGAGUGAAAAAUGUGUUACUACUAUGGCUUUUCGUUAGAGCCGCCAGUGUUUUACGUGUUUCUUAAUGUUGUAAGCAAUUUCCUUCGGUAUAUUAAAAAAAGGUCUAUGUCAAGGCAGAAGUGGUCAGACCGGUAGUGUGAGGGAGUAGGGCAUGGCCGAGGAACACUGUGAACUCUUCAGCCUGCACUCGUACGUAAGACGUGAAGCAGUGUCGUGUGGCGAGAUCCGCGAUGAAGCUCCAGCUAGUGCUACCCUCCCUCCUACAGAAUGGCCAGGUAUUGGUCAUAUGGUACCUACCUCACCGUGGGAAGGCACCAGACCUCACCUGCCGUGAUCUCCCCUCAUUUUUCCCUCCAGGUGUGUCAUGUAUCUUGACAAGACCCACCAGCAAGCCUCUCCUGCCUUCAGCGUCCAGUGAGGCUCCACCGCGCCCCAGUCCAUCAGAGUAGCUCAACCUAGUGAUCCGUGUGUGCCUUAAACCGGUCUAACUUCAGCGUGAGGAACUCGGUCGCGUAGUUCACUUUGUUAGAAAAGUUAUCUUGAUGCUUCAUAAACCAAACCUUCCCUACAUCUUCCGCACCCAUUGCCCCUCGUGGUUCUACACCCCGUUGUUAAGGAAUAAGUGCCUGAAGGUCAUUUCGCCAUUCAGCAAAUUAACAGUUCCCUUGUCAAAUGCUAAAUCCGAAUCAUUGCAACAUGAGACGCCAUGAGAGCUAUCUCGUCUCUCUCUGUGUGGUGCAAUCAAGACAGUCAUUCGCUGGUUCAUUUAUCCCGGUGGCCGGGGUUAUAGUCUGCAGCAGUUGUUUGCCUAAGUGACUGAGUCGAAUAGUAAAUGUAUGCACGUUUAUUUACAAGAUGACAAACUUUGGGUUCAUAUACAUCAUAUAUAAAGAGUUUGAGAGUAUUAUUCAAUGUGGAUUUAAGAAAUAUCAUUAAAAGUAACGAAAUUUGUCUACUUUUCAAGGUGAUCUGGUAUUUCCUUCUUGCAAUUACCUGGAAAAUGUAGGGGUAACAGAAAGGUCCUGCUCUCGUCCACAUCUCCCUGGCACCCCUGCCUUGGCAUCAGCCACUCAGUACCUGGUGGAGGCCGCUGCCCCUCACUCACUCCUUGCCUCCUUUGGAUUCCUCGUGUAUUUAAGAAUUCUUGAAACUAACGUGACGCUCUGUUUUCAAGGAACAUUGUCUUUUUCACGGUAUAACCUCAGUGGACCGAGUUUAUUUAUACCAUGUAUCCAUACUACCAAUGUUAAAGUUUUUAUCGUGACAGGUUCCAUUUGUUUGUAAGAUGUUUACUAUUGUAAUUCAAUGAAAGAUGAACCACGUGCUUCAUACGGAGACGAAACUAAAAGCCAAACUAAACAAGCUUUGCUCCAGGUGCCUCGGACAGAUGUUACAGUAUGUAACAAUUUCAUCCUUUAGCGUUUUUUGUUGUCUUGUAACUGUUACUAUACCUCACAGUGUAGCCCUAAGAAAUUUGUACAGUUAACAUCAAGCAUUAACAAAUUUAUUCCCGGACAUUCCAUGGGAGAAGUGGUACUGGUGGGCGAGGCAAGCCAAAGUAGUGCGUCUCCCCGUCCCGUCCCUCCCAAGCCAUGGAUCAAAUACAUUCGAGAUAAAACAA